AUGCUGAAGGUACAAAUUAUUUCUACUGUUUUCAGCAAGAAGAUUCCAACUUUGUUUAGUCUUCUGAGUGCAUUGGAUGAACCUAGACCUGUCGUUGUACGAUAUGGAGGUAAAUAAAGAUAAAUUUCAAGCACAUUUCAACAUAAUUCUGACAUUUUGGUCCGACAUGAUGGCACACUAAUUAUUUAAACAAAACAGAAAAGUUGUACAUUUGAAAUUUGAAUAUUCAAUAUAAGAAUAGGUUAUCAUAUGAGGGGCGAGGCGUUAUCAGUUUUAUCGCUUGAGGGACAGUAUCAUAAAUGUUACGAGUGAAAAUGCAGCAUUUUGAUUGAUCCGGAGAUAUACUAUGCAUGUAUUGUGCAUGCUUUGUAAGUAAAAUCCAGGACGUUCAAACCCCAUUGAAACGCAUAUACAAGGAGCAUUAUUCAGGACCUAUACAUAACCUGUGUACUGUGUACUGUGUAAACAGUAUAUGUUAUUUCUUUUGCCAGACAAGACAUCGUACGUGUCUGACAUAACACUACAUAUCAUCUUCAGCUGUCAAAAUCCUCCUCUACUUCUGACGUAUGACUCGUUCCUAGGAGUACAUUCUCUGUGGCUUGUGCGAGAGGCAAGAAAAGAGGUAUGAAUUAUUCUGACAGUGAUUUAAAAAGUAGCCUGCGUGCAGGCCCAAGGGAACUGAUAGUGGGCCUGCAACCAUCGCGCGGUAUUUUGUAAAACGCCCCUUUUCAUAACACGCCCCAUUCGCGCGUCAAUUGUCAAAAAAGAACCAAUGACAGCACCCAAAUAUUAACAAACAAACUCGCAUUAAAAUGUUGCGGGGUUUUCUCUGCUUAUUCAGAACACUAAUAAACAAUGUGUAAAUGGAUGCGUUUUAACUCCAAAAAAGCAAGCAACGCAGUCAGUAAUUGCCAAAUUUGCAAGUGCUCAUUUUCAACUAAAAUCGGAACAGGCAAAUUAGGACGAAUUUCAACAGAAAACCAGUCUCAAACUUCAAAUCAUGAGGGAAGUCGGGCGACCACAUUAGGAUUUAUAUUAUGUGUGCUUCGCUGUCGCCAUUGGCAUUGUUAUAAAUAAAUUGUCUCACUUAUCAGAUCGUGUGUGCAAUUCUUGUUGGCGGCGGAAAGUACGAACUUUAUUUCAUUUGGUAAAGAACUCUACAAAAGAAGAGAGCGUUCCGAGUCCAGAUCGUUUCGUUUCAAACGGCAAUUUAAUACCACCUUCUGUUUCGCUCUCUCAGCGAAGCCUUGUAAAUCGCAAAGUGUUUCGAAUAGGCUUACAGUCCUUACAUGCAACUGCAUCUCAACAUCACCCAAAAGAUAAUUUUCUUGAGGAAGUGAGAACACAUAACGUAUCAACUGAAGUCUGUUUGAAAUUAAUGAAACUCAAGUAAAGGUUACUAUAGUUUACCCCAGUCGUAAUUUGCUAUUCCAACACCUCACGACAAGCAAUCCCCAUUGGCAUAACGGCAAAAACAUGUCUUCCUUCAAGUAAACAAUAAACAGUCUGUUCUUGUUCCAUUUGUAAUCGAAAAAAGUGAUGAAUUUUCAAAUUUUAAGCUUAUCGAGAGCCUUUGUCUAUGCCUUUGUGAUGAAUCACUGUUCCCUGGGGCCUGCAUGCUAGGUUAAUUAAUUACCGAUCGCCUCAGCUAGCCAAUGGGAAUUUAGCCGGCGGUUCGGCCGGCGAAAAUCGAAAACAUGGGGUGAUGGUUGCAGGCCCACUAUCAGUUCCCUUGGGCCUGCACGCAGGCUAUUUAAAAAGUAGCCCUAGCCCCAAUGUUGACUUCUUUAGUAUUGCACGUUACCCCCAUCUCCCAGGGAAGGGGUCUUUUCUGUCCAAAAUAUAAGGAGAAAAGAAAAGUUAACUUAGUUAAUAAGAGUGUGAUUAUAGACUGAUCAUCAUCAUCCCUGAGAUUCAACAUUUCAGAGUACGGUUUUUUCGGCGGUCGAAAAAAAGAGUACUCUCUCUACACUUGUGGAAAUGUUGAUAAUUAUGGACGACCCCUAAAGGACGGUCAUUUAUAAUGGCGUUGGGUGGCUCCGAAGAGAAAAGAAUUGGGUAAACAAAAUGUUGAGUGAGUGAAAGGUUGGGUAAAUGAAAAACAAGACAACUCAGACAAGGGUUGGGUAAUAAAAAAAUAUUGUCAUUUCCAAAGCAUGACUCACUCAAAUAUUGAAGACUAAAAAGCAAUGUCAACAGUCAUAUGUAAAUUAAUCAGAGUCACUAUCUCGAUCAUUUUCCGAUUUGUUGAAAAACAUUUCUCUUCGGUGCCACCCCACGCCAUAGAUAAUGACCGAUCCACAAUGUAGCUAAACUAAAAUCUUGUAUGCUAUAUAUGAAAGCUCUAUCAGAUCUAAACUGUUUUCCCUGGAGAUCCAGUAUUGUAACACUGCGCCAUGAAGAAACGGCCGUAGGAGGAAAGUUAAAUUAAACUACAGCCUCGGUGAAGCAAGGGUGACAGUUGACGAGUGCCGCAACUCUCGCUCGCGUUUGACCACCAACUCUCAUCGACUCUCAUACACUCUCAUCAUCUUUGAGCUAGUUUAAAUUUUGAUGAGAAUUUUUGCUUGUUUAACCUGUAACAUUUCACCAACUUACAUACAUUUGUCAAACUCUUUCUUCUCAACUUUCAUCCUCGUUUGAGUGGGACUUUAUGUGUAAUUUUAAAGACCAUGUCAAGUCUGUAAUGUGAACAAAUCCUUUGUUUACAUUUUGAACUGCUAUAGUUGUAAAAUAAGACAUACUAACUGAAUAUCUAACACUUUUCUGGUUCGCAAUUGUAAAUAAAUAUAAACUAUAGAGUACGUUUCAAUUAAAAAAAGUUCGAAAGAUGCAAAAUUAGGGCAAUGUUUAUAUCUGUGGGUCCCCCUUUGUUAUGAGCAGAACUGAUGCGCAGAACGGACUUGACAUGGUCUUUAUGAUACUUUACCGAUCUUUAUCUGAUAUACAAACUCUUGCCUUCGACUCGAUAAAGAUCGGAUGGGGAUCGGCUGCUCAUAUUUUAACCAGUACAUAUUAUAUUAGUAUUAAUUUACACUCGAAAUUUGCAUCUAGAAAAACCCUUCUGCAACAAUUUCUUGUAGGAAUAUCCAGAACCAACAAUAAGUAGCGAUUCCUCGGAUUUCCUCCCCCACCCCCUCAGUCAACGAUACCCCACUCCAAUAUUAAAGCCCGCAGCAUAUUCUCGCCUCUCUGCCGCAGCUUCCCCUCCCUCUUUCCUCUCGCGUACCUCAUCGCCAUCUGAAAAAGGAGCGAGCAGGUUCCCACAUUCUCCCUACGUAUCGUCGCCUCAAGUUUCAAGAUUUCAUUCUGCUAGAACACUGCUUCAGUCUCCUGGUCAACAUAGCUUUGGUAAGUUUGAAACAGAGGUAGAUUCUCUGGGGGUGUGGAGGGCUGCACCACCUAGCCCACGCAAACUUUAUAAGAUGAAAUUUUGAUUAUAUCAACUGUCGUGCUUUGUGCCUGAACUAUACACGUAAAAACUACACGACUGCAAACAAGUUGUUACAAAUCUGCUUACAAGCUGUCGACAAGUUGUGUUCGCACUGCUUGUUCCCAGUUGUUGUAACAAGUUUGGAACAAGCUGCUUUGACACAUUGAGAAAUCAUUUUUCUCCUAGUGCUUCGAUUUUAUUUGAACGCCACGCGUUAUUAGAUGAGAUAUUGAUUGGAUAAUCUAUUUCGUUCUAGUGGAUUCACCCUCUAUUCUUCAGUCUCCCGACAUAUUCCGCUCUCCUGCAACAAUGACGAACAGUUUUCACGAAGAGACAUACUGGCAUUGCAUUGAACCUCUAGAACCUGAGAUAUGUCUUGAACAUAUCUGGGAAGAAGCUUCUACUGUCCGGUAAAGUGAUGGAAAAAUUAAGAAAACUUAUGUAGCGACAUCGUAUUAAUUUAAGUCUGUUCUCUGAAGAUCGGAACUUCAAACCACAAAACAUCGACCUAUAUAAUGUUUUUGAGAAAAAAUAUUUCUAAAAAAUAUUUCUGAAAGGUCAUACAGUGUAAUUCUUUAUUAUUUCAGACAUGCCAGUAAAGGACAAGCAAGUAAAGCCUUUAUAACGGCUGAUGUUUGUGGAGUGAAAUACAUCUGCUUUCUUGUUCCACAUAUUUCAAAAUUAAGGUAAAAUGUUUGCUGCUAUAGUUAGGUGAGAUAAAGCCUUCAUAUGGAAAAUGUAAUACCACUUGACUGGGAUUCCCACCUAGCGCAAGGUGUGAUCCCAUCUAGCUGGGCCGGCUUGUUUCUUAUAUGAACACAAAUUGAAUUUUAUAUGCAAUAACAAAGGGCAUGCAUGCAAAUCUCACUCAGGCGAGUUCCCCGAUUAGCUGGGCGAAUUAUCCUUUCUCACGAAGGCCAAAAUCCGCCAUUUUUGGGGUACUGUCUGCCCUCGUGAAAGAUUCUUGACAAUUCAAACAACGUGAGAAGCGACUUUUAAGAGUUGUAACUGUAAAUUUACCAUUAUACAAACAACUAUAUUACUAUGCUUGUGAUGUUACUCUGAGUGUAUAUCCACACCGGGCAGCCUUCCCACCGUGGCCAAGCAUAUUUUUCAAGCCUGCCCGGUGUGGAUAUACAUUCAGAGUAACAUCACAAGCAUCUUAUUCACCUGAGUACAUUACACCAACACAGCAAAUAUCAUAACUAUACUACUAAAAAAUCGCAUUUCCUGGUGCAGAGAUUCUCAAACGUGGGAGAGGCAGUACCCCCAAAAUGGCGGAAAACUAGGCCAUGAGAAAGGCUAAUUGCUACUUAACUCGUAACAAAAGACAUGCGCAAGUUACUUAGUUAGGCCUACGGGAUUUUCGCCUGGAUAUAGAAUGACCAGCAGCACCUGGCGAGUGUAAGCACACUUAACAGGCUGAAAAGUUGAAUCGUUAAUGUUAUUUCCCAGCUUGACAAAAUUCAGUUGUGGCGACAGGCCAGAUCAGAUCAUAUUUGGAACCACAUUUGAUAUUCCAGCUGUUGAUGCUGUUUCUAUUCAGGUAAUAUAUUUUUUAUUUAAUUAGUGUAUUAUUAGAAGGCAAUUGUCAAGAUAUUGUUUUGCCCUCUCAUUCGAUCGAAUAAUAGUUGAAGGAUUUUGUAUAGAUGGAAAUUAUUGAGUAGAAAUUUAUAUACAAUUAGUAACGUAUAAAUACCUAUUAGUAGUGAGGUCAAGAUACCCCAGUUUCGGUGUACGGGUACGGGUACGAGUAGCAUGAUUUUGGUUAGCAAUAUUUUCGUCGAUGUCUGUACCUUUACUCGUAAUUAAGGUGCACAUUUUUCGCAUUAUAUCAUUGUCUAUUGCAAGAAAACAGAAAAAGUAAGAUCGAAUUACAGACAUCAGUAAAACAAGAUGACACUACUCGUACCCGUACACCGAAACCGGGGUAUCUUAAUCUCUCUAGUAGAGAGGUUAAGAUACCCCGGUUUCGGUGUACGGGUACGAGUAGUGUCAUCUUGUUUUACUGAUGUCUGUAAUUCGAUCUUACUUUUUCUGUUUUCUUGCAAUAGACAAUGAUAUAAUGCGAAAAAUGUGCACCUUAAUUACGAGUAAAGGUACAGACAUCGACGAAAAUAUUGCUAACCAAAAUCAUGCUACUCGUACCCGUACACCGAAACCGGGGUAUCUUAACCUCUCUUACAAAGAUAUCUCUUAAAGCCGAGUUGAUAGCUUGCUCUAUUUGUUGUAAACUGUUCUUUUUCGACUUGUGUACUACAAGGGAAAACUUUCAACACACUAACUUUAUCCAGUAAAUGCCAUUGUUAAAUGUUUAAUCAUUGCAUUGAUUGUUUUUAGGAUCUCAACAUGAUACUUGUCCUUACUCCUGAAAAUAAUUUAACAUUGUACACCGGAAAAUACAAGGUAACUCUGGCGGUCUGAGUUCUGAUCAGAAUUAAUCCAAGUCGUGACGAUUAUCAGGAUGUGAUAAUUCGCGUACUUACGCCAAUAUUAGGAAGUUUACGAUCUACGACGCGGCCGCCUCGACGACGCGCUUUCAAAACAAAGAAAUUUGGUGUUUCCACAAACAAUAGUAUUAUGUGUUUUAUCGCCAUGCAAAUCUACAAAGAACUUACAAAGAAAUUUGUCAUGCAAGACAAAAACUGUCAAUAAUUAUAUUUGUGGUCCCAUGAGUAUUGUCAACCGCGUUGUGAUUCUCAACACAACGUUAAAAAAGCAUUUUCACGUCUUUCAGGCAACGCGAAAGCUUAAUGCGACACAAGAGGUGUUACUAAAAGUCGAAAUUACAGCAAACAUUGCAUCGCUUUAGCCGAACGUAGCAUUUUGUCAGGUUAUUUGAAAGAGUCAAAUGUUUAUUACAGUAAUCGAAUUGCUUAGCGCUCAUUCUUGAGCUAAAAUUUAGACCGCGUCGUCGAGCCGGCCGCGUCGCAGAUCGUAAACUCCCUAUUACGUUCUGGCACUUCUUUGUUUCCAACCAAGUACGACGUAUGUACGCGGUACUCUCGCGAUCUGCAUCAUUGUAGUCAACUGAACCUGUAUGUGUUUGUAUAACCGCGCGCGCGUCACGCAACAUCAAAGCGCCGGGGACGAGGCUGGUAUGCAAUUGUGUUCUUGUAGUUUCGGGCUAUCGUUGUUGUUGUUGUUGUUGUCGUCGUUGUUGUUGUCGUCGUCGUCGUUGUUGUUGUCGUCGUCGUCGUCGUCAUUGCUAUCGUUGUCGUCGUUGUUGUCGUUGUCGCCGUUGUCGUCGUUGUCGUUGUUGUUGUUGUUGUUGUUGUCGUCGUUGUUGUCGUUGUUGUUGUCGUUGUUGUUGUUGUUGUUGUUGUCGUCGUUGUCGUCGUUGUCGUUGUCGUUGUCGUCGUUGUCGUUGUCGCCAUUGUCGUCGUUGUCGUUGUUGUCGUUGUUGUUGUUGUUGUUGUCGUUGUUGUCGUUGUUGUUGUCGUCGUCGUUGUCGUCGUUGUUGCUGCCGUCGUCGUCGUCGUCGUCGUCGUCGUCGUCGUCGUCGUCGUCGUCGUCGUC